AUGAAUGGAAAAACACAUUUAGAAGAUUUAUCAAAUGAAAUAUUCUUUGAAAUAUUUGAUUAUUUACAUAUGCUUCAUACAUUUACUGGUUUUACGUUAUUAAAUAAACGAAUAUCAAAUAUUUUAAAAUCAAUUCCACUUCAUAUGGUUAUUUCAUUUGGAAAUUUUCGCCAACAAAUUAAUUUUCUUUUGUCUCAUUUAACUUUUCAUGAAGAUCAAGUUAUUUCAAUAAAUAUUUUUGAUAGAAUUCGUGAUCUUAAUAAACUUGUUAUACUUGAAAUAUUUCAACCAGACCGCUUAGAUUUAAAUAAAAAUAAUAAUGAUGAAUUAACUUGA